AGGAUGGAGGCCAGUUUCCAGGCCACCGCCAUGAUGGAGAUGCAGGUGGAGGGCGCCGAGCUGACUCAGCUGGCUCACAAGACUCCGCCCAGAGUCCCUCCCAAGCCCACGUCCAAGUCCCCGACUCAGCCCUUGCUGGUCGCCAAGGUGGCCGGAGGACGCCAGCAGUCGCCGUCACCCGUCAGACACGUGAAGGCGCCCACGCCCACGCCUGUCAGGCCUGCCUCUCCCACUUCAAGACUCUCGGUAUCCCCCAUCAGGCCGGUCAAGUCCCCCAUCACUACACGCAAGGUGGCGGCCGCCGCCGCCGCCGCCGACGUGCUGCCGCCGUGGAAGCAGGGAGACUACGUGUCCGAGGCCAGCUACACCAGCAUGACCAGUAUGACCAGCAUCAGCCAGGUGGGCCAGGAGCAGCGCUGGGAGCAGCAGGUCACCGGCGUCAGAGAG